AUGACUGAAGAUAUUACUCCUUCCAUAUCUCCAAUCGCUACAGCAGUCGUUCUGACCCUAUUCACCAUCGUAUUCCUUUUACUAUACUUCUUCAAGUUUAGAGCAAGUCCUAAAUUCAAUGAGCCUGAAGAAGGAGGAUCAGUGUCAUCAUCUCGACCUAAUAUAGUAACGCUGGACGAAACAAAUGAAGGUGUAACCAACGAGGACGGGGAGGACGAAGAUAAACCGAAAAAGGUUCUAACAGCUAAACAGAGGAAGCGACAAGAAAUAAAAGAGGAGAGAAGGCGACUGAAAGCCCUAGAGGAUGAAGAACGCGAGGAGAGGAGAAAGCUACUUGCAAAGAAGCAGGAACAAAUAGAGGCAAAAAGGCUUGAAAGGGAAGCAUUGAUGGAGGAGCAGGAGAGGAAAAAACGGGAAGAAGAAGAAAAGGCUUAUCAGGAACUGGUUUCCACCUUUGUUGUAGAGAGCGAAGGGACAAUUUCAGAAACAAACCAGUACACAGUUGACGACUUUAUCGACUACAUUGUAUCAAAAAAAUUAUCCAACGUAGAGGAGCUUUCAGCACGCUUCUCUUUGAAGGCUAGCGAGGUUAUUAAACGAAUUCAGGAACUUGAGGAUCAGAAUAAGAUUUUUGGCCUACUGGAUGACCAGGGCCGCUAUGUUUACAUCACCGAUGAUGAGGCCGAGUCAGUAAUAAGCUACUUGAAGUCGAAGGGUAAAUUACACAAGCAGAGAGAUUUGCUUUCCUUCUUCAAUUCAACGAUUUCCCUAGAGUCAAAGCCUGUGAGUGUUAAACUUUUAAAUUUCUGCAGGACCCAAGAAAUAUUGUCGAUUUAG